CUUCCGACAGCAGCCACAACAAGGAUCGGAAGAGGCGACAGCGAUGGAAGACGAGUGGGGUGCGGAGAGGGCGGCGGAGAUCGACUACGUGUUCAAGGUAGUGGUGAUCGGCGACUCGGCCGUCGGGAAGACGCAGUUGCUGUCGAGGUUCACCAAGGACGAGUUCUGCUUCGACUCCAAGUCCACCAUCGGCAUCGAGUUCCAGACUCGAACCAUCGUGCUCAACCGCAAGCGCAUCAAGGCCCAAAUCUGGGACACUGCCGGCCAGGAGAGGUACCGAGCGGUCACGAGUGCUUACUACAGAGGAGCUCUCGGUGCCAUGCUGGUGUACGACAUCACCAAAAGGCCGACGUUCGAUCACGUGGCGAGGUGGGUGGAGGAACUGCGAGCGAACGCGGACAAGGCCAUCGUCAUCAUGUUGAUCGGGAACAAGUCCGACCUCGCUGAAAAAAGGGCGGUGUCCACCGAGGACGCCGUGGAGUUUGCGGAGGAACAAGGGCUGUUCUUCUCGGAGGCGUCUGCACUCAGUGGCGACAACGUGGAGAGCGCGUUCUUGAGGCUGAUAGAGGAAAUCCAUGGAGUGGUGUCAAGGAAGGACUUGGAGAGCGACGAAGGCAGCAGAGACGGUGGGAACGAUCUGCUGAGACUGAAGGGGAACAAGGUGUCGGUUCUUUCUGAGGUCUCAAUGAUGGAAACCAGUGCCCUGAGAAAAGGAACUCGGUGUGCUUGUUCCUGACAUGGCCAGGACGCAGAAAUCAUAGCGCCCAUGAAGAGGUUUGAGAGGGAAAGGAAUGAAUGGUUGAUUGUGCUUUUCUCAACUGUUAGUCAAGUUUUCUGCAUAUCGAUAGUUUCAUUUUUCGCUUUA